UUCCCCUCGGUCAGUGCCAGUGGUGGCUUCUCUUCCUCCUCCCUCCCCCCAACACACGCCACGCCACGCCACCGACCCCGACCAAACUUGCUUGCUUGCCUGCCUUGUCUCUCUCUCUCUCUCUCUCCCCUGAUCCCCUCCACCUCCGUCCGUCGGAUUCGGGCCUGCUGCUGACUUGACUUGAACAUCCCCCGCCAUUCGCGCCAUGAUUAUUCCUCCCAUGCCGUCAGAGCAGCAGCUGCUACUACUAGUACUAGUUGCCCGUUGCUGAUGCCCACCCCACACCCCAUCCCUUCCCUCCCUCCCAAGCCAAGCAGCUCUUCCCUCCCUUCUCAGAGAGCCAUUCAUGGCGUCCAUCCGCCGGCCGCACUCGCCGGCCAAGCAGCACCUGCUCCGCCACCACCACCCCUUCGCCUCCUCCUCCCCGCCCUCCUCCCCGCUCCGUCACUCCUCCUCCAGCUCCUCCUCCCCGAGGACCCACCAGCACCACCUCGCCGCCGGCUACCCGCACCCCUUCCUCUUCCUUUCCCGCCGCCCGCUCCCGCGCUUCGCCGCCUUCUUCCUGCUCGGCUCCUUCCUCGGCCUCCUCCACUUCCUCUCCCACCUGCCCCACACGCCGCACAUCGGCCCGGCGGACUCCUCCCCCAACCCCGUCGCGUCCGCGUCCGACCUUCGCCACCAGCUUCCCAUCUGGGUACAAGACGACGACGCCGCCGCCGAUGACGGCAGGAAGAAGCUGCUCAUCGUCGUCACGCCCACGCGCGCCCGCGCCGCGCAGGCGUACUACCUCAGCCGGAUGGGCCAGACGCUGCGCCUCGUCGACCCGCCCCUGCUCUGGGUCGUCGUCCAGGCCGGCAAGCCCACGCCCGAGGCCGCCGCCGCGCUGCGCCGCACCGCCGUCAUGCACCGCUACGUCGGCUGCUGCGACAGGCUCAACGCAUCCUCCGACGACCUCCGCCCGCACCAGAUGAAUGCCGCGCUCGAGCUCGUCGAGAACCACCGCCUCGACGGCAUCGUCUACUUCGCCCACGAGGAGGGCGUCUACUCCCUAGCCCUCUUCCAACGCCUGCGCCGAAUCAGGAGGUUUGGCACAUGGCCUGUUCCAGUGAUCUCUGAAAACAGAAAGGAUGGUGUGGUGCUGGAGGGCCCUGUGUGUAAGCAGAAUCAAGUCGUUGGAUGGCAUACAAGUGAAGAUAACAGCAAGCUCCGUAGAUUUCAUGUUGCUAUGUCAGGAUUCGCGUUCAAUAGCACCAUGCUCUGGGAUCCCAAGCUGAGGUCCCAUGUGGCCUGGAAUUCAAUUCGCCAUCCAGAAAUGGUGAAAGAAGGCCUCCAAGGAACCACGUUUGUAGAGCAACUAGUGGAGGAUGAAAGCCAGAUGGAAGGCAUACCUGCUGACUGCUCGCAUAUAAUGAACUGGCAUGUGCCAUUUGGAUCUGAGAAUCUUGCCUAUCCUAAAGGAUGGCGAGUUGGGACGAAUCUGGAUGUGAUUAUUCCUCUUAAAUAGUACCACCAGCUAUGUUCAACAAAGCACUAACUCCUUUGACAGGCGUAUACUGUAGAAUUAAAAGCCAUGAAGCUUUGGCUUGAAUAGUUCAGAGGAAUCCCAGGUUUGACUACUUUCAAGAAGCAGCUCCUGGAAAGAGGAGACUUCAGGUUUUGCACAACCACAUGCAGAAUUUCUGCUGUUACAGUCAGAAUUUUCGGGAAAUAUUUUGUAGGAUGAAAAUUAGUGCAGCAUCACCAAAGAAGCCAGCCAUUUCGCUGCAAAGCCGUUCAUUGUAUUUGUACAUGUUUGUAUUCAUUUUUUUUUAGUUCACAAGCCAAAAGGCAUUCUGCAUAGUUACUGACUAUUUCAGGAGUUUCAGUUUGAGCAGGACUCACUUUAUUUUGAAGUGCUGAAUUUCUUGUUCUUGUGAGUGAUCUGUAAAAUGUGUUGAAUUUCUAGUUCUUUUGUGAUGAUCAGCAAAAGUUAUUAUUGUACCAGAUAGUAAGCUGCUGUAAUUCAGAGCAACAGAAAUACAUUUGUGUUCAUUUUUAGUUCAAAACCAAAAAU